GGUCUUGUUAACUUCCGGUGGCAGGUGUGGGUCCGGUUUCCGACCCACAGAGGGCAGCCGCGAGACUUUCAAUCUUUUAACACGACUGACCCGCGCAACUCGCGUGAGACAAGCGAAAGCGUUAAGUCGACAAACAUCUGAGGCACAAUGAGUGUUGACGUGAAGAAACUGAAAGUCAACGAACUGAAAGAGGAGCUCCAGCGCCGCGGCCUGGACACCAAAGGCCGGAAGCCGGACCUGGUGGAGAGGCUGAUAGCCGCUCAGGAGGCUGACGCGCAGGGUGAUGCCUUAGACCAGGUGGAGCAGGAAGAUGGAUUCCCAGAGGACCUCCAAGAAAAUGCAGAUGAUGGUGAUGGAGAGGAUGAACAAGAGCAGCAUGCCGAAGUAGCUGAGGACUUUGGUGUGGGAGACAAUGAUAGCGCUGAAGUUGAAGGCGAUGACGUUGAAGGCAAUGACGUUGAAGGCGAUGAAGGGGAUGGUGGUGAAGCUGAAGGCGGUGAAGCUGAAGGCGGUGAAGGUGAUGACGAUGAAGGCGAUGGCGGCGAAGGCGAUAAUGCUGAUGUUGAAGACGGUGGUGUUGGUGGUGGUGGAAUUGUUGCCCCACAAGAAGAUGAUGAAGGUCGAGAUUCAGGUGGUUACUAUGAGGACGAGGAGGCAGAUGGCGAGCCGUAUGAGAGUCGUCCUCCCCCUUCAGACUCGGGUCACAGCAUGCCUGGUGUCUCAGUAGAUUUCAACACACACAAAUCAAACGUGUCAGAGGACGAGACCAAGUCUGUGUUGGAGCCUGUGGAGCCAGCGGAGAAAGAGGAGAACAAACUAGAAGUUAAAGUGGAGGUCAAAAUGGAAGACGACCCUGGAGCCGAUGAGGACACACAGCAGGAUAGUCAUGGGACAGAGAAUCAGGGUAGCCAAGAUGGCGAACGUCAGGCCGAGGAAAUCAAAGUGGAAGCCGAUAGAAGUGGACACCACAGCCGCAAGAGACCAUAUGAGGAGAGCAGGAGCUACAACUACUAUGAGCACCGCGAGGAGAAGAGAUCCCGCACACCACAGCCCCCGGCUGAAGAUGAGGAAGAAAACAUAGAUGACACUCUGGUUACAAUCGAUACCUACAACUGUGAUCUGCACUUCAAAGUGUCACGAGAUCGCUACAGUGGUUACCCACUGACCAUCGAAGGCUUUGCCUACCUGUGGGCUGGAGCCAGAGCCACACAUGGCGUCACAAAGGGCCGUGUGUUUUAUGAGAUGAAGAUCAACGAGGAGAUUCCAGUAAAGCAUCUGCCCGGUAGUGAGCCCGACCCCCACGUUGUCCGAAUUGGAUGGUCUCUCAACCACUGCAGCACUCAGCUGGGCGAGGAAGCCUUUUCCUUUGGAUACGGAGGAACAGGAAAGAAAUCCGCUGAUUGUAAGUUUGCAGACUUUGGAGAGAAGUUUGGUGAAAACGACGUCAUCGGCUGUUACAUUGACUUUGACAGUGGUGAUGAGGUGGAGCUGGGCUUCACCAAGAAUGGAGUGUCACUGGGCGUGGCUUUCCGCACCACCAAGGAGGAGCUGGCAGGCCGAGCUCUGUUUCCUCACGUCCUGGUCAAGAACUGCGCCGUUGAGUUCAACUUUGGGCAGAGGGCGCAGCCGUACUUCGCCCCACCAGAGGGAUACACCUUCAUCCACGAUCUUGGCAUGGAGGACAAGAUCAGAGGCACAAAGGGACCGGCCGUGAAAUCUGAUUGCGAGAUCUUGAUGAUGGUUGGUCUGCCAGCCUGCGGAAAGACCACUUGGGCCAUAAAGUAUGCAGAGACUAACCCUGAGAAGAAGUACAACAUCCUGGGCACAAACGCCAUCAUGGACAAGAUGAAGGUCAUGGGAUUGCGGCGCCAGAAAAACUACUCUGGCCGCUGGGAUGUUCUGAUCCAGCAGGCCACCCAGUGUCUGAACCGGCUGAUCGAGAUUGCGGCCCGCAAGAGACGCAACUACAUCCUAGAUCAGACAAAUGUAUAUGGAUCAGCAAGGAGACGAAAAAUGCGUCCUUUUGAAGGUUUUCAACGCAAGGCUAUUGUAAUUUGUCCCACGGACGAGGAUUUAAAAGAACGAACAUUAAAGCAAACCAAUGAGCAGGGGAAGGAUGUGCCCGAUCAUGCUGUUUUAGAAAUGAAAGCCAACUUUACUCUCCCUGAGACUUGUGACUUCCUGGAGGGGGUGACGUUCGCUGAGCUGCAGCAAGACGAGGCCGAAACUCUGCUGAAGCAGUACAAUGAGGAGGGCCGCAAGGCCGGCCCGCCCCCGGACAAACGCUAUGACAACCGGCAGGGCGGGUUCCGUGGCCGCGGCGGCGGUAGCUUCCAGCGCUAUGACAACCGCGAAGGAUCCCGCGGCGGCUACCAGAACCGCAGCGGUGAUGGAGGCGGUGGGUACAGAGGAGCGGGCUACAAUCGUGGCAGCUACAACCAGAACCGCUGGGGCGGCAGCAGCAGCUACCGUGACGGAGGCUCUGACUCACGCGGCAGCUAUAACCGCAGCCAGCCGUCAGGAGGAAGCUACAAUCGCCCGGCCUCUUACAACAAGGGAGCAUACAGCCAGGGCUACAGCCAGAGCUACGGUCAAGGCUACAACCCGAGCAGCUACAACCAGAGUUACUACGGCAGCUACAGUCAGUACCCCGGAUACAGCCAAAGCUACAGCCAGACACCGACCACUGCACAGACGUACAACCACCACCAGCAACAACCGCAGCAGCAGCAGCCGCAGCAGCAGCCGCAACAACAACCGCAGCAGCAGCAGCCGCCACAGCAGCAGCCACAACAGCAGAGCUACAACCAGCAAUAUCAGCAGUAUGCUCAGCAGUGGCAGCAGUACUACCAGAACCAGAACCAGUGGAACCAGUAUUACAGCCAGUACGGCGGCUACCCUGGACAGGGCAGCCAAGGCUCAUCUGGUUCCCAGUAGCUUCGGUCUGCAUCUCUCUACCUGUGUCCUAAACUGACCUCUGCAGCAAAAGGAUUUUUGUACAGUGUCAAUAAGCCCCUGACCAUAACCGUCUGUCUGUUUCAACACCGUAGCCUUCAUUCCCAACAAUCAAUGUACACACAAACUGACAACAGUUUGCUGUAGUUCCUUUUGUUUCGGUUUUAUCUGAAUGAACUCUUACUUUACACCGUGACGGUGAGAUGGUAGAUGAUAGGUAUCAAAACAUCUAAUGAAUGUUAUCUAUCAUGCAUUUAAUGUGGGCGUCUGUUGAGCUGCAAAAUCCACAUUUCCUACAGAGUUAAAGAGGUUGUUGUAUAUUUCUAGGAUGCGAUGGUGUGAAAGCGUGACGGGCCGUGCGAAAUACAGGAAGGCCUAAAUGAAUCUGCAGUUUUGAGAAGCUUAACAAAGAACAAAACGCAUGCUUUUUACCCUCACAGCCCUUUUCUAUGUCUUCGCUCUUUAUUUUUCCGUUUCCGAGUGAGCACAUUUUAUUUACUCCUAAUAGACUUCAAACAUUAUGGAACAUUUUUUAUAGGUGUGGCUACUGUAGUAUUUAAGUGUUUAAUUCAGUCUUUGAUCCAAUAUUUUGCCACUCAAGUAGUUUGUAUGUGCAGUUUUUUUUUUUUUACCCCUUUGUGAUUGCUGUUCACUAAGUAGUUAAAUCCAGUUGACAAACUCCAUUUUUUUUUCUACCUGAAAAUGAAAACCUGAUAAUGACCCGUUACCCGAGCUGUCUUGUCUUUAUACAAUAAAUGCAAUUGUAUACGCCUGA